UCCUCCCCCUGCUUCGCUAUCACUCCCUCACUCACUUCCAGUCCCUCUCAUAAUCUUUGCCCACUAUCUGACCACAUAGAGCGCCUGGUGAGUGGACGUGGAUGCCUUGGCUUUACCUGCUGUUUAAAUCCAAACCAUGGGAUAGAAACAGCUUUUGAGCUUUCAUUGCAGGAGUUUUACUCACAUUGGGAAUAUGAGUGUGGAGCUUUCUGUAUGUUUUUCCUCCCACCUCCUCUGGGGAUUACCACAGGAGUAGAGUGUGCAUACGUGUGUGUUUCAGUGUGUGUCUGUCCAGCACUAUGGCUGCUUCUGAUAGUCUUGAGUCUAGCAGCAGGAGUGGGUCAGCAUGAAAGGGGGUCACCACCAGCGACAGUGUGGGUGUCAGCACCUGUUCAGAAAACUGCUUGGCAAAUGUGGAUGCUGCUUUGUCCCAGUCAGAGCUGAGUCGCGCACCGUGGUGGGCAGUGAGGGCAGCAUCACCCCAUCUGCGCCCCACCAGGCCUCAGGUGGAUCCAGCCCCUGCUCACACUCCUCGACUGGAGGUUCGCGGCAUCCUGUCAGCGCCCUGAAGAAGUGGCUCACCAAUCCCAUACGCAAACUGAGCACUGAUGGCCGAGGAGGAGCGGGAAUGAUGGAGAAGCAGAUGAGCAGGUCAAGCGAGGGACACCCGCCUUCACUCCUUUCCCACGGCAAAUCUGAGCCCAGAGCCCUGGAACAGCAGGACAGCUACACCACCCUCCCAUCAGGAGACAUGAUGUGGAAAGACGGUCGGUUGAGUCCCGCGGCUUCCUCUCCCACUCAGAGGUCCUGUCCGAGCUACGUAUCUGAGCUCCUGCAAGAACGAGACACACCGAACCUGAGUCACAACUCCAGUGUCAACACUCUCCAAGGUGAUGACUCAGUGAGCCAGUGGUCGGCUACAGUCGACAGCGAGGAGGGCAGAAACAUUGCCUUGGAGAAAAGCUUAUAUGUGCUGGCGGAGCUGGUAGAGACAGAACGGUUUUAUGUGGAAGAUCUUGGACUCAUAGUUCAGGGCUACAUGACCACCAUGGCCAGUCAGGGUGUUCCAGAGGACUUGAAAGGGAAGGACAGGAUUGUGUUUGGAAACAUUCAUCAGAUCUACGAUUGGCACAAGGAUUAUUUCCUGGGAGAGUUGGAGAAAUGUGUGGGUGAUCCAGACAGCCUGGCCCAACUCUUCAUCAAACAUGAGCGGCGUCUUCACAUGUAUGUUGUUUACUGUCAGAACAAACCCAAGUCAGAGCACAUUGUGUCAGAGUACAUUGAGACUUACUUUGAGGAUCUCAGGCAGCAGCUGGGUCACAGGCUGCAGCUCAAUGACCUGCUCAUCAAACCUGUUCAGAGGAUCAUGAAAUAUCAACUACUGCUGAAGGAUUUCCUGAAGUACUACAGCAAAGCCGGAAGGGAUGUCGAGGAGCUGCGGAGGGCAGUGGAAGUAAUGUGCUUUGUGCCAAAACGCUGCAAUGAUAUGAUGAAUGUGGGCAGGCUUCAAGGUUUUGAGGGGAAAAUCACAGCUCAGGGGAAGCUGCUCCAGCAGGAUACCUUCUUCGUCAGCGAGGAGCAGGAAAGCGGCAUCCUGUCCAGAGCCAAGGAGAGGCGGGUCUUCCUGUUUGAGCAGCUGGUCAUCUUCAGUGAGCCAAUUGAUAAAAAAAAAGGUUUCUCUCUGCCAGGAUACACUUUUAAAAACAGCAUCAAGGUCAGCUGUUUAGGUGUGGAGGAGCGCUCCGAGGAAGAUCCAUGUUGUCUGGUCCUGACCUCCCGUGGGACUGAUGGCAGUGUGACGCGCUUCAUCAUGCAGGCGUCAUCUCCAGAUCGACAGCUGGCAUGGCGUGAUGACGUGGUUCAGAUUUUAGAGACUCAGAGGAACUUCCUUAAUGCGCUCCAGUCCCCAAUAGAAUACCAACGCAGGGAAGGCCACUCCAACAGUCUGGGCAGGAACAUGAAGCCUCAAACUGCAUCAGCAUCUGACCUCCGACCUCACUCUUCUGCGUCUAUGGACCGACGUCAGCAGCCCUGUCUGCUCACAUACAACACCUCCCUGCCCUCCCUGCAUCCGCCCCCCCACAGCCUGGCCUCGAAAGCGAUUUCGAAUCCUUGUGCUUUGACUCCUGGAGCGGCUCAGCUUCCGGUUUGCUCAUUGCAGCAGCUCACUUUGUGUCAAGAGGUGAAACACAAUCACGGGACGUCCAAUGGACUGGUGUCCUGCAGCCAUAACAGCGUCCAGGGUGUAGCCUCCGGUUUCCAGACAACUAUAUUUCACGAGGGUGGGACAGUUUCAGUGCAUCAACCAAACAACCUGGAUCAGCUCACGGAGAGCGAACAAUAAUAACCCGCGUUGACACAUGAACUCAGUUUGUGCAGUCGGAGUGCCUCUACUGAGUCAAGGCCUCUAUAUUUCAGUGUUUUCACCACAUAUUGUCCUAAGUUUCCUUUGUAUGCCACUGUGGUGCACAUGGCUAAUUUGGAUUUUGUUAAUCAUAUUGGUUUAAUUGUGUGUGUUUACAUGCUUUGUGACAACAGUGAGAUUUUAAAGCAGGUUUUGAAUCAGCACAUAGACUGUACUUCUUAUUGCAUGUAUAUGACUUUCUAUCUUGCACCUUUGGAAAUUUCUUUAUGGGUAUUUUUGUAACUCAUGAUAUUUUUCAUAAGGGACCAAUUCCACUGUUUUCCCCUCGAGAACAUCUCGUUUCUGCAGUCCUUUAAAGAUCCAGCUUCCAGAGUACUGUAUGUCAGUGCGUACCCUGCAGGUUAGCAAAUAGCUGUGUUUUCCCUUUGGUGGGCUAUUUUAACCCGGCCAUUGUUACAGUGUUAUCUAAGCAAAACACAUUCGCACACUCACACAAAGCUCCAGUUGUUGUAAUCAAGCAGAAAGAGGAAAAAGGGAACUGAGAUAAAACAGAGGUGCUCAUGUGUCACUGUCAUCUUGAAUGUAAAUAAUCUCAUGUGGCUUCUGUCAUAUUAGUGCAAACUCUGUGACUUGUGGCGUCCUGAAACACACACGGAAUUAAAGAGAAAUACUGUUCAAAUGUUGGUCAUCAUCAUUUUUUUCAGGAAAACGGUAACAUUUGGAAGUGGAUGCAAGAAAUGGUUUAUAGAAAGUGGAUUGUAAUAAUGUGAAAAUCAGUUUUGGUUAAAGCAAGUACCACUGACUUUCUAUCAAUUAACUUACAAAACAGGAUUGAUGAUGUGUUUUCUAUAGUGUAAUGGAAAAUGUCUGUUUUUGAGCAGGGUUACCAUUUUUGGAGGCCUUUUAGCUUCUACGUUACCACAUUAUGACACAUAGACUGAUUAUAAUGGCCUUUCUUUUCCUUGAAGCAGCAUCUUUGUUGUUCUCUAUGUAUCUUCAUCACUUGUCUUUUUUUCCCCUUCUUUUUCUUGUGAGAUUUUGCAGAUUCUUGAAAAAUACAUUAAAUUUAAUCACUUUAAAUUUAUUUCAGUAAAUUUACAGUCGUAUAGUGGCUUAAAUGGAGUAUUUGUUUCCUACAUUUCAGCUGAAUUUCAACAAAAGCACUGAAACAGGCCAUUUGUUAAUGUUACAUCGGGAUUUUAACAGU